AAAUAUGCUGGAUGUUACUGCUUCAAUAUUAUUUUUUACCAUAAUAAUUUUCGAUUAAUAUUUUAAUUUGGUGGGGGACGGAAGAAGCAGAGGUGGCGCCACGUGUCGGCCAUCUUUCAAAGUGUGCAAAAUCUACGGCUACCCGAGGACUAAAUUCAGUCUGCGUUGCUCUUUAAAAUAGUUGAUGGUGUGUGAUUCAUAAAUGUUUGAUUUUUAGUUGAUAUUAUUUCAUAUUAUUUAUUUGAGUGUACUACCGGACUCAUGAAAAUGGUACUAGCAGAAAAAAAUAGUGAGAACGCCCGAAAUGGCCGCAGAAGUAGGGGGCCGAGUCCAAAUGGUCACGUCCAGGCUGAGUCCACUAGUGAGGACGAAAGUACAGUUCCAGUAGAUAAGAUCAGGGUUGGACGAGACUACCAAGCCGUUUGCCCCGAAUUGCAACCAGAAAGCCAAAGAAAACCCGAGUUGCUUGCCGAUAGGGCUCUCCUAGUUUGGUCGCCAACAGAAGCCAUCCCAGAAUCUAAAUUGGAAGACUACAUAGUUUUAGCUAAAGACAAAUAUGGAUAUAAUGGAGAACAAGCAUUAGGUAUGCUAUUCUGGCAUAAGCAUGAUCUAGAUAGGGCAAUGCUUGACCUCGCCAACUUCACCCCAUUCCCAGAUGAAUGGUCAGUAGAAGACAAAGUGCUUUUUGAACAGGCCUUCCAGUUCCAUGGUAAAAGCUUUCAUAGAAUUAGGCAGAUGUUGCCAGACAAGAGUAUAGCCAGCCUAGUAAAGUACUACUACAGCUGGAAAAAGACGAGAUCACGAACAUCAUUGAUGGACAAACAAGCAAGAAAACUGAAUGCACCAAAAGAAGAUGGGGCACCUUCUGAAGCAGGAUCUGAAGGAGGCUCAAAUGAAGAAUCUGAUCAUGAUGAUAAGAAAUGGACUAUGCACCGUGGUAUUCAACGAAAAUGUGGCCUAACUAGUCGAUGUCGCGUCAGUUGUGCUGGUACAUCAGCAGAUAAUUCUGCGCAGGGUGAGGGUGGAUCGUGCUCAAACUGCGGCGUCAUCUGUACAGUCACUCAAAACACCUCCAAGGGCGCCUACUGUAACUCCUGCUACCAGCAUUGGAGACGCACCGGCCUAUCCCGCCCCACGUCAGGUCCGACGAGCAAGCGCGGCUGUGGGGGCGGCAGUGGCUCGGGCAGUAACGGGGGCGGCGGCGUUUCAGCUGCCGGCCGCAGAAAGCGGAAGCCUCCUAAAGGCAUGUACAUCAACCAUGACGACCUGGCUGCUAUGGCUAGUGGAAAUGCGGGCGUCAUGAUGCUGAGAGCCAUGGAUAGGGAGCUGGAUUCGUUGCAGAGGCAGAUUCAACAAAAUAAACAAAACAUUAGCUCUUUGAAACGCAAACACUCCGACUCCAUUGAAGAUCUCCGUCCUGGAAGCGAAAACAGCUCCCGCUACAACGCGCGAUGGACAAAUGAAGAAUUGCUUUUGGCAGUACAAGGGGUACGCAAAUAUGGAAAGGACUUCAAAAGUAUUGCAGAAGUGAUUGGAAAUAAAACCGAACAGCAUGUUCGUACGUUUUUCGUAAACUACCGCAAACGAUACAACUUGGAUACCAUUUUGAAAGAAUGGGAGAAAGAAAAUGGGCCGCUGCCCGAAGAUAACAAUUCUGGAGAUGGAAAGACUGAACAGGACCAGGAUGGUGACAAUGACGUGAUUUGCAUAUCGCCAACGCCGAGUAAAAAGGACAUGAAAAAUGGUGGGAAAGUGGCCCAAGGACCUAAAUGAUAAUGCUGCGUAGACGUCUUAUCGUUGGAGGUAGCCAUGAAUGAAUCGGUGCGUGUGAUUGGACAAUUUUAGUGUAGGUUGAUAGUAACUUAUGCACAUGAAAAGGCGGGCGCAAGUUGAAGAUUUGUUUGUGCGGAAAUCUGUGUUUGAAUUCUGAUUAUGUUUGUGGCACGCUGGCAUUAUUACCGAGUCACUUUUCUAUAUAUGUCGCACAUUAUGAAGCUUAUUACAGAAAUAAUACAAUUUAUUUUAUAUACAUUUAGGUAAUUAUGAUUCCAGUUAUGUGUACAUUUUUAUUCCAAAAUACAGAAAUAUAAAUAUAUAUCUGUCAGUUUCUAAACUUCUGCUUUUUUAUUUCUGAACUUGAAGUGUGAUUAUUCAAUUUUUGAGGUCAUCUGAUUUAAGUAAUUUUACUCAGAAUACUAAAUUUCACGUCAGUACAGAAAAAUAAUCAAUAUACCAUAUAAAAAUUAUUUGGCAGGUUAGGAUGUGCUCAUCAUCAUUAUCAGUAUAGCUGUGUUCUUUUUAUCAGCCAAAUCAUGCUUUGAUGAGUAUAAGUAAAAGAAUAAAUUAUGAAUAGUAUUUAACAGAAUGUCGUUCAAAUUUGUAUAGAUGAAAUAAGUACCUCUAAAUAAAGUGUGCAAGCAAUAUGUCGAAUUUAAUAUGUACUGAGACCUCAGGAACUGCCUCAGAAGGUCUUCUAAUGAAUACGGCUGUUAUUGGAUUACAUUUUAGCUCGGAUACAAACCAAACUGCACAGAGAUAGGUCCUGCAAGAUGUCAGUCAUUCCUGUGGAGAGCAUGUACAUCUGUCGCAUUUUGCAAAUACAGACGACGUAGCCGUUUCAUUAUCACACCGUGUCCCGCCUUGUAUAAACUAGUUCAUUAAAAACCAUGUACUAUAAGACAGAAGUAAUGCCAUCUAUCACCAGACGCCUGCCACUUCGGAAUAUAUCUGCUGCCCCAAAGAUGUUGUAUCUGUUCAGCGCUUUAAAUCCACGAACCCUUUUUGAGAACGUGAAUAACUACUCAGAUGAGACUGCCAAUACAAACACCCGUUUUGCCCUGGCGUUUGAUUUUGAAGGUUAUUGGACCCGACAAUGGGCGCGUUUCGUCAGAAGAUAACGCUACAAAAGCGUGAUCGACUAACGCUACUGAAGCGUUCACUUAGGCACUCAUUAAUAGUCGCCCCUUGAGGGCUGAGUACCGAUUGAGGGCUGAUCAAUACCUCAAUCUUAAACGAACAAUAAUGCACCUUCAGGUGACCCCUAAAGUGGGUACUGGGUAUACUUAACAUUUGCGUUUCACAGUAGGCUGUGCCAGCUGUCAUCAAAUUUUCAAAAUCUUCAUAAUUCAUUUUCACAAUUUUAAAAUUUCAGGUUUCAAAAACUUUUUAAACUAUGAAAAAUUUGAAAACCUAAAUGAGAAUUGUUAUUGUUAGUUCAAAAUUCAAGGGUCGAUCAACCCUUGAAUCAGCACUCAACCUUUAAGGGUCAACUAUCAAAGCAUUUCAGAUGUGAACGUAGGAAAUUAUCUUCUAAUGAACGCAACAAAUUAGAUAGCUCAUUGCUUGGUUAAAAUUGAUGGCAGUCAUCAAAUUUUUAAUACACAACAAUGUGGAUUCAUUUAUUUCGUAUUUAAAAGAAAAGCAGUAUCUGGAUUGUAAAUUAUACCUUCUUGCGUUGUUUCCUACGUGCGUCGACUAACACAGUUGAAGCAACCACUUAGGCCCUCACUAAUAGUCGACCCUGUGGGCUGAGUACGGAUUGGUGGUUUCUCAACUCUUUGAUUUUAAAUGAACAAUAAUUCACCUUCAAGUCACCCUCAAAUAGAUACUUAAUAUUUGCGUUUCACAUUUGGUUGUAGCAGGUGUCAUCAAAAUCUUGGUAAUUCAAAGUUUCACAAUUUUCAAAAUUUUGAAGAUUCUAAAAACUUUGAAAACCUAAAUAACAAUUGUUAUUGUUCGUUCAAAAUCCAAGGGUCGAUCAACCCUUGAAUUAGCACUCAGUCUUUAAGCACCAACAUUAAUGCAUUUAAAAUUUCAGAGCAAAUAAUUAUCUACUGCUGAACGCGACAAAUUAGAUUGUCCAUUGCUUGGUUAAUUGAUGGCAGCCAUCAAAUGUUUCAUAGACAAUAAUGUAGAUUCAUUUAUUUUACAUUUCAAAUUCAAACAGGAUCUAGAUUGUAAAUUUUACUUUCUUGCAUUGUUUUCUAUUUCUCCACCUCACGUUAUCAAUGUGUCAAAAGCAUUGUUUUCAAGAUUGGCGAGCCAGAAGACCACCAGAGAAAUAACCACAGAUUGUUUUAAAGUUACAUUAUUCAGCUGAUCAAGAAUCUCGUUACUGAGAGAUUUAUCCCUAGUUAUUUUCUUUAUACAUCCUUGCUAUCUUUUCUUGUCGGCCUGAAUGUAUUCGUCAUCAUACUGUUAUGAGUACAAUGUGCAAACGUCUCAAAUAUAUUUUGAUAUAAUUUAUCCAUCUUACAAACUGACAACUUGCUGCUCUCCUACUGUUGUACGAAUUUUGUAUCUUUUGUGUUCAUCUUAUUAUAUGAGAAACUAGAGUAUGACUGACACUCAAGUGCUAUGCUCUCCAGAUUAAAUAUCAUGCUGAGCUACAUUACUCAAUUUGGACUAAAAUAGUGGAUAAGGACAAACUCUAGGAUGCAUUUACAGUUGUUACAAGAGUGAAUAUGUUUUAAUACAAUUUGCUUCACAACUUUCUCUACAAAGCAUAGGAGAAAUUGGCAUGUAAAACUAAUACUAUUAGUCCCUGAAUCCAAUGCUUGUUACUCUGUCUAGCUGUUACUUCUUAAUGCAUUUGUAUUUUCUCUCAUUUUUCUUUUCUGAAUUAGGGGAUAUGUUACUUGAUUCGCACUUGAGCGAAGGAAAUCCAAAGAUUCAACCAUCAGCGUCAAAUAAAGAUACUUAAGAUAUAUCAUGCCUCAAGAUAUUUUUAUCCUUAAUAUAUUACACUGUAUAAAUGCAUAAUUGGAGUUAUAUACCCUUAUUUUCAACAAGCGAGUUUUGAUUAUUAGAGGGUUCAAUACAAAUUAAUGAUAGGAUGUUACCUAGCUACGAGCUGCUCUGCUACUAUAAAUGACAAUUCAGGACUAUCAGACAUUCAUUGUCAAACAUAGCAAUGAAAAUUGAGUUGGUGAGUCAGGCACAUCAGUCAACCGAUGCCAUAUGGCUCCUCUUGUGUUUUACUAUGAAGCUUUUACAACAUAUUGUACUAUUUGAUUACAUGAUAUGUUCUGUUGGUUAAGCCAAAGUUAUUUAACACGUCACUGGCUGUAAAUUUUCCCGACAAGUGAUGGCGAUUCGUAUCAGAUGAUGUACAGGCACCCAACCCUACAUUAUUUACUUCUUACAGCAAUAGGCGACGAAGUAAUGUAAUAAUUGCGAAAAAUUUCGAAUUUGAAGUAUUACUUUUUGAGUGUUUAAUAUAGGGAUGCUCCGCGUACUACUUUUUCAAAACAGCUCUAACUCAACAACAACUCUAAACGCACUGCAGAGUGAAUAGUGACUCAAAAGAUGCUAGGAAUAGAAUUAUACAAAUUAAACCUACAAUAUAUUUUCCCAUACACUUGUUUCCAAGGUAGUCAGUAAAAUUGUUGAUUGAGCAUAAUGUAUUUAACAUUUCUCAAUAUUGUUAUGUACGAGUACAUAUAUUUCCAUGAUGCACUAGAAGUGAUUAAUUAUAAUUUUGCAAUUAUGAUAUUUUCAUUUAACGUGUGAGUGUAAAUAUUAGUUUGUACAAAAUUUAAAUAGAAAAAUUCAAGAUUCCUGUUCCUAUAUCACUAAUAUUUUUUAUUAAGCUGGGAUUAGACAUGUAUAUAAAAUUGAAUUAUGUUGCAGUAAAGAUAUUGGCAAAUUAGGUAUUAAUUACUAUUGUUAUUCGAAAGUGAUAUGUAUUUAUAAUUUUUUUAUUCCACGUGGUUUGAAUGUAGUAAUUAAGUAGCCAAAGCAACUCAAAAUGGAACUUGUACACAAAAAAUCUUAGCAAUGGGUUGACAUGUCUCUUUAAGUAUUUUGGUAAAUCAAAUUAACUUAUCUUUUGGUAAAUCAAAUUAACUUAUCUGGUUAAGUUUGAAAAUCGAAAAAAGUGCACAAGUUCUAUUUCUAGGAACUCAUUGUCUUGUUUCUCACUUACUGUUUUCCAUAUUUGUUUUUUUGUCAUUCCGUUCUUUCUAUACAGUUAACGUUAACAUGCAACAGUUUACUUUUCAGUUAUGAUUUGGUCAUGCAUAAUAAAUGAUUUGUAUAACAGUUGUACAAAAAUCUCAAAUAUUCGUUCAAUUGUUGUUCAAAUCAAAAAUAAAAAUUAAAAUUGCAUUGUAAACAACGAAGGAGUGUAAUUUACGUUGAACCAAAUAAUACCUUGUAUACAUAUACUAUAUAAAAAAUAAAGUUAUUUUUUUCAAUACUCCAUAUUAAUACAGGAGAGGCUCAAAACAGACAGAUUGAAAAACCCUAUUUACUAUGAGGUGGUUCUUAACCUCGCUGUAGGACAAUCUCAUUGUGUCCCUGUUUUGUGUAUCUUACAAAUAUACUAAAUAAUCUCCAAUACUGUACAUAUACAACAGUAAUUUUUUAUGGCAUUUGCUUCCUGAUUAUGCCGCAUUUGUAUAAAGUAAUUGAAUUGCAGAUUUAUGAUUGGAUGAUUUAACAUUCAUUAGUUUCAUUUUAUAACAUUGUGUUCGAGUUGACAAGUUAUCCUGACUGUUGAGUUAAUGGAUCCUAUUCCUUUUCAAAAGCCAGUCCACUUUUUGUUGUCAGAUGCUCAGCUUAUUACAUAUUUCACAAUGUUACUAGAAGUAUUAAGUAUUUAUUGAUUUUAGAGUUGUUUAUUUUUGUUCUGGUACCUUUAUUAUUUGACAUUUCUAAUGAUUAGUGAUUAAGGUUACCUAUAUCAGUAGCUUAGUUUCAUUGUAUUUAAUAUAAUAAAUUACUUUUAACGUUUA